UGGUGUAUGGCAGUGAUAAGGAUGCUGGUAUGAGGUAUGACGGUGAUCAGGACACUGGUAUUGGUUGUGGUGGUGAUCAGGACACUGGUAUGGUGUAUGGUAGUGAUCAGGAUGCUGGUAUGGGGUAUGACAGUGAUCAGGUUGCUGGUAUGGGGUAUGGCAGUGAUCAGGACACUGGUAUGGUGUAUGGUGGUGAGCAGGAUGCUGGCAUGAAGUAUGGUGGUGAUUGGGACACUUGUAUGAGGUAUGGCAGUGAUCAGGAUGCUGGUAUGGGGUAUGGCAAUGAUCAGGACGCUGUUUUGGGGUAUGGCUAAGAUGAGGAUGCUGAUAUGGGGUAUGGCUGCGAUCAAGACGCUGGUAU